AUGGACAGUAUGCGCUCCCCUAAUAGCAGGAUGUCUUUCCCCCCACUGCUUGUAGUGGACGCUAUUGUCAAACAUCUCAAUCUGGAGACCAUCAAAUCCUUGUGCCUUACCAAUAAGGCCUGGGGAGAGUUAUGUCUGGGCCCUCGCUUCAAAUCCUUUGUUCACCACCAAGUCACAGAUUUAACUGCACGAAGCCUUCAGUCUCUUACCGCUCUUAAUUGUCAUCCCUACCUACGCACAGGCGUCAAGAAGCUGACUAUCAUAGCGGAUGUCUAUGAUCUUUCUGUUCUAAGGAGAAUCUCGCGAACAAAGGAAUACGAAGUGAUAACGGGUAAUCUUAUAGAGUCUAGGGCCUGUACCCAGGAUGAGCUGGCCCAAGUGGAAUCAGACAUACAGUGGUUGGAGGAGAGAUCUUUCAACUCCCAGCUUGUCAAUGAGGAUGAUAUCGUGAAAGCACUGGUUACGCUAUUUAACCAUCUCGGGCAGCUUGAUUCUAUUGCUUUGGAGACCAUGGUGACAACCGUCCCCCGCUCAGUCGCCUUUGAGACCAAGGGCGAAUGGCACAUGAUCUGGAGUGACAUCGUGGUGGACAGUUUGAGUAUCUAUGAGGAGCCCAUAUGCUGCGCUGUGCCUACCAACGAGAUAACUGCUUACAUGGACAACCUCGAUACCAGAGGAUGGGCCUUUUCUCCCGGCCAGUCCGUCACAUCUUUCGCAGUUGAUCUCUCCAUGCGGGUGGAUUCUAAUCAAGAAAGAUUAAUGAAGCACCGAGAUCAAGCUGACCGGCUUGAGGGCGUCGACCGUUGGGCCCAGAUUUCGACCCUGGGAAGCCUAAAAUCGGAUGUGCACCCUGAAGCCAUUUCGGAGAAUAACUUUCCUGGUGUCUCCCGUCUUUUGAAAAGAAUGCCGAACCUGCAAUCCUUAAUUCUCAGUCUGCGUCGUACAGUUGUAGGGGAUACCUCUCCAUACUGCCAGCUGUUUGAUGCUAUUGCCGAGGAGGUUCAUCUUCCCCAGCUCGAAAGGCUUUGGCUCCUCAGAAUUUACACCACGUCUAACACACUCCUACGCUUCCUGCGAAAUCAUCUCGGCAUCAGAGAGUUGCAUUUGGAGAAAGUGAACCUUCUAUCUGGUUCAUGGGAGACGGUUCUCCAGCACGUUCAAGAGAUGCCAUACCUGACGAAAGUGAUUUUAUCAGCAAUCGAGACCGCAGGCGAGCCUGUAAAUCUUAUUCAAGCCGGCUGCUUUGAUUAUGACUAUUACGUAGCGAGCAACUCCGAUCCAGACUACUACUGGUGUAGCCGGGGGGUUUUUGUCCACCGCCGAGAAUUUGACGCAUCUGCCAUCCGUCAAGGCUUUCACUUUACCUCGGAUUGGACGGGGACCUCGGAAUAUACCCCCGCAGAAUAUGAAUGGUAUCUAUAUCACCGUCAGGUCUAUGGGAUUGCAUGGUGA